AUGGCGGAUUCGGCAGCAAGAUGUGCUCUCCUGCUCCUCUUUGCCGUCGCACUCCUGGUGCCGGCAACCGCCGCCCCGAAGUCAUCGCCUCCUCCGUACAAGCGCUCUCCGCCGCCGCCGUAUCACCGUUCCCCGCCUCCGCCGCCCCACCACUCCCCGCCACCGCCGUACCACCGCUCGCCGCCUCCGUCCCAUCACUCGCCCCCGCCGCCUCCGUCCCAUCACUCGCCCCCACCUCCGUCACACCACUCUCCGCCGCCUCCGUCCCACCACUCGCCACGGCCACCGUACCACCGCUCGCCGCCUCCGUCCCAUCACUCGCCCCCGCCGCCGUCACACCGCUCUCCACCGCCUCCGUCCCAUCACUCGCCCCCGCCGCCGUCACACCACUCUCCACCGCCUCCGUCCCACCACUCGCCACCGCCACCGCGUUCAUCGCCUCCACCGCCCGUGCCCUCGUCACCACCGCCCCCUGUUUACUCGCCGCCGCCACCGGCGCCCUCGUCGUCACCACCACCACCAGUGGUGCCAUCGCCUCCUCCACCGGUGCCCUCGUCGCCGCCACCACCGGUAGUACCAGUGGCAUCGCCGCCUCCGCCAGCCAACGUUUACUGCGCCAACACGACGAGGUACCCCACCUGCAGCGCGCCGGCGUACUGCCCCAAGAGGUGCCCUCAGUCCUGCCACAUGGACUGCGCCACCUGCAAGCCCGUCUGCGAUUGCAGCCUGCCGGGAGCGGUGUGCCAGGAUCCACGGUUCAUCGGCGGCGACGGCAACACGUUCUACUUCCAUGGCCGCAGGGACGGCGACUUCUGCCUGCUCUCCGACGCCAACCUGCACAUCAACGCGCACUUCAUCGGCAACCACGUCCCGGACCUCAAGAGGGACCCGACCUGGGUGCAGGCGGUCGCCGUGCUGUUCUCCGGCCACCGCCUCUACGUCGGCGCGCGCAAGACGGCCGUGUGGGACGACGAGUCCGACCGCCUCGCCGUCGUCUUCGACGGCGAGCCCGUGCAGGUGCAGCCCGUCGCGAACGCCAGGUGGGAGUGGGGGUCCCUGUCGGUGACGCGGACCAAGGCGGCCAACGGCGUCCUCGUGGAGCUCGACGGCGUGUUCAAGAUCACGGCGAACGCUGUGCCGAUCACCAAGGAGGACUCGAGGAUCCACAGGUACGGGGUCACCGACGACGACUGCCUCGCGCAUCUGGACCUGGCGUUCAAGUUCUACUCCCUCACCGACGACGUCCACGGCGUGCUCGGGCAGACGUACAGGAGCAGCUACGUGAACCGGCUCGACGUGACGGCGAAGAUGCCCGUCAUGGGAGGCGAGAAGCAGUUCACCUCGUCGGCCCUGUUCGCCGCCGACUGCGCGGUUGCGAGGUUCGGACGCGCCGGCGGCGAUGCCGACGCCGUUGCCAUUGCCGCGGACGAGCUGAUCGACGUCAAGUGCUCCACCGGCCUCGACGGCGUUGGUGUGGUGUGCAAGAAGUAGAACAAUCGAUUUGCAGUCUUGCACCUUAAAGGUUGACGAGAAAUAAUAAGUGUGCACGAAUGUCUGCA